AAGAAAGCCGGCUGCCCCUUUUUUCUUACCAAUGGCCUAAAGCAGUAAAAUGAUCUGGAAAUAGAUUGUCAAAACACGACCACCACCACCACAACUACCACCCAACUCUGAGAUCUGCAACCACUCACACACAAUUCUCUUGUGUAAUAACUCUCACCCAUCUAUCCAUCUCAUUGUCUUUUGUACAAACACAAUCACAAUCCUUCUUGUUAACACCGCCAUGAACCACCACCGCCGCCGCCGAGCUGAUUCUCCGGCGGCCGUGAACCUGGACUCCGCCACCCAAAUCUUGAAACAAACUACCACUAUCUUCAAAACCCAUCUCCACACACUCGUGUUCCUCUCGUUCUUGAUCCUUACUUUUCGGUCUAAUGUCGAAAAUGGCUCGAAUUUCCUCACGACUUUUAUUGAUCGUGACCCUUCUCUAAAGUCCUUGCUUUCGCGUAUUGAUAUUUCUGGGAGGUCUCAUUCGAGUCCCAAUUCGAAUCACCAGCCAAUUCUUCAGCACCGGAGAAGAAGACCCUUUUUGCAGCUCACUCGGGUGGGGACUCUAGAUGAUGAUUUCUUUUCGGGGGAUGAUCAUUCGGAUAAGUCGCUUUUUGGGGGAAUCGCCAAGUCAAAUUUAAAUGGGACUUUUGUUAUCUUUGAUCAUUUUGAUCCUAAUUUGGGGUUUUCGAAUGGGGUUGUUGAUAGUGGGAUUUUGGUGAAUGAAAUUGUGAGGUCCGGGUUUACAUUUAAGGCGCCUAGGGAAGAAGAGAGUUUGGGUGAUGAUGCGGUUGUUGAGGAUGAGAAAAUUGGGGAUGGAAAUGAAAGGGAGAAUUCGUUUGGUAAUCUCUUCAAGGGUUUGGAGCUAGGGAGAAGGGAUGCAACUGCAUUGAUGUUUGUUGCGGGCAUUCUUUCUGCUUCGUAUGGGUAUGUAAUUCUUGGGUUUCUUGUUACGUAUUCGUGGGUUCUUGGAACUGUGUUUGUUUUGGUGUUGAAUGAUUUGUUGGGGAGGUACAAGUCAUUGACUUCCACUCUGUGGGAUGGUUCUAAUUUGGGUCUUAAGAGGCUUACUGGAUUUAUUCUUUUGAGAUGGGCCGUUAGGGAUGCACUUACACAGCUUUUGGGUAUUUGUUUCUUUGGUGAAAUUGAUGAUCACUACUUAUUUUUUAAGAUUUUUGUUAGAUUGAAAUUGAUGCCUUUUUCUGUGAUGGCUUCGUGGGUAAGAGGAUAUGAGAAAGAGAGUGCGGGGUUUUUGGUUUCCUGGUUUCUGUUUGAUACUUUGUUAGCAUUUGUUUUUGCUGUUGAUGCUUGGGUAGCAAUUGUGGACUCUAGGAAGAGUGGAAGGGAAGUUGUUAAGGAAGGCUGUCAUCUGUUGGCGACAAUGUUGAACCCUGCAAUUAAUAUCAAGUGCUUAGAAGGAAUUUUAUGUGGUUCGUUGACGAGAUGGAUACUAUCUAGUUGUUUUGGGAGAUUGUUUGCCUCAGCCUUCCAGUCUGUCAUGGAAGUUUAUUUUAUGGUGGCUUGGCUUGUAUAUUACUUUGCUGUGAGAUCUAAAACUGCUUCUUCUCUUGGAAGGACGUUUGGACAGAGAGAAUUGGAGGGCAUUCUUGAAGGUUUUAGAUGAUACACACUCAGCAUAUAUAGCAGAAAUCUCACUUUCAAGCCUCAGUCAUUAGUCUUUGGCCAGUGGUAAUCUUUUCGGUGCUUAUUGUGUCAAUUGUUUGGGCUAAACAUGAUUCAGCACUGCCAAUUGCUUACUGACAUCAACAGGUUGUGUUGUAUGUACUUUAUCAGGAUGCUAUAUAUAUUAUAUAGACUCUGUAUAUGUCGGCAACAAUGCUUUUUGUGUAUACCAUGUUUUUUGCGUAUUGUGGUCA